AUGAUACAGACAAACUCCAACUCUUCCUUCAACCUAGUGGAACUUGAAGACGAGCCUAACAGCCAUGAUUUUUACUAUGUUCCAGGGACAAAAUUCGAGCAACCACUGAAAGGUCUGGGGGAGAAUUGUAUGUCCAUGUUCGGUUCUGUCAAUGGACUGAUUUCCCUUCAAAGAUUCGGGUACCAGAUUCCGGAUACAGUUUACAUAUGGAAUCCGGCUACGCAGGAGUCCAUCACUGUUCAGAGUGCUGGAGGUGUAAUGGUAUUCCCUAACGUGAUAACCUUUGGAUUCAGGUUAAGUUCAAAAGCUGGAGAAUACAAAGUUGCUAGGAUUUACCAAGAAGUAUUGGAGGAGAAUUUGCUGCAUGUAAUCAGAUCUGACUGCCAUGUUUAUACACUUGGAUCAGAAAGACGUUGGAGGUACACUGGGCAUGCUCCAUUCCUGUAUACUUGUCGAGAGCACGGUGUUUUUCUGAAUGGUAAUCUUCAUUGGUGGAUUCGUGAUCCUGAUGGAAAGGAAUUCAUUUCUUGUUUUGAUCUAGACAAGGAGUCAUUUCAGCACUUUCCAGCUCCUCCUGAAUUGGAUGAACUAAAUCUUGCUAGCUUAGAACUUUACCAAGAUCGUUGA